CUAUGGCACAGCUGAACUUACACUGGGAGCCACACAAUAACAGCCCUUGUAGCUCUCGGCAACACACAGUCUCAGGGUGAACUCUUCGCUCAGUAUCCCCUACCAUCCCCUUCAGGGGCAAAGGCUUCACUUUUACCCCUGUUUGCACCUGUCACCCGCCAAACAAUGUUUCAUUGAGCAAGAAAGACGAAGAGAGAGAGAGAGAAGCCCUUCCCUGAGGCUGCAGCCGAAGCCCCCUCCCCCUUCCUUUUUGGUUUCCUGUUUGCCCGCAGUUUGUGGCGAUUCCCGCAGCCCAGGGAUUUGCCAAACAACACAGCCCACAAACAGCAGGGUAAACUCCAGGUAAAGCUGCACACAACUCGCUGGGCAGUGACUCUAAACUGAGCUGACGAAUGCCUGCCUUGUGGCAUCAGUUUGGCGCUGGAGUGAGUUCCCUUGCUGUAAACGCCGAUUAACUUCGGGGGAAGAAUCUGUACAAGUUCUUCAAUCAUGGAGGAGGCUGCAGGGCGCCCUUGGAGCAGGCGCUUUGCUUGUCCCGCUUGUCUGGUGGUUUUCUGCAAUUUUGAGGAAAUGCACUUUCAUUCCAAGCUCUUUCACCAGCUUCAUUUAACUGGCAGCCAGGGGGAAACCGUUCCGAAGCAUCCAGGAGACCAACUUCCUAUCUUUGUGCCUGAAGAGUUAGUUUCCAGUUCACAUACUUUCAAGAAUAAGACUUUCAAAAAGCCAAAAACCUGCAGCAUCUGCAAACAACUCAUCAGCAGCAAUCAAGGCCUUUCAUGCAGAGUUUGCAAAUAUGCGUGUCACAAGAAAUGUGAGUCAAAGGUUGUGACACCGUGCUUGCCACCAGUCAACUAUGAGCUGCCUGAUAACUCGGAUACGUUUGUAAACCAUGUAACCAAUCCGACUUCAAGCAAUUUUCUGAAGAGCUCAUCUUUCAGUCACAAUAACUCGUCUCAGAGUGUGGAAUCAGGUCACAUUAUGGAGGAGGGUUAUGAACUUGAUCUGACUUACAUUACUGAACGCAUCAUUGCUGUGUCUUUCCCUGCUGGCUGUUCAGAAGAAACCUAUUUUCAUAAUCUACAGGAUGUAACACGAAUGCUGAAAUCCAAGCAUGGAGAUAAUUAUCUGGUAUUCAACCUUUCUGAAAGGAGAUAUGAUCUUGCUAAGCUUAACUCAAAGCUGAUGGAUGUAGGUUGGCCUGACCUCCAUGCGCCACCAUUAGAUAAAAUGUGUACCAUAUGCAAAUCUAUGGAGACAUGGAUUAACGAUGACCCACUUCAUGUGGUGGUUAUCCAUUGCAGGGGAGGCAAAGGGAGGAUAGGAGUGGUUAUUUCAUCAUACAUGCAUUUCACCAACAUUUCUGCAAGUGCUGAUCAAGCUCUUGACAGAUUUGCAAUGAAGAAAUUCUAUGAUGAUAAAGUAUCUGCGUUGAUGCAACCAUCGCAAAAACGGUAUGUCCAUUUUUUAAAUGGUCUGCUCUCUGGUUCAGUGAAAAUGAACACCACUCCCUUGUUUCUGCACUUUGUGAUUUUGCAUGGCAUUCCCAGCUUUGAUACCGGAGGAGUUUGUCGCCCGUUUCUCAAGAUUUACCAAGCAAUGCAACCGGUCUACACGUCAGGAAUCUAUAAUGUUGGGCCAGAAAAUCAAAGCAGAAUUUGCAUUUCGAUAGAGCCAGCCCAGCUGCUAAAAGGUGAUAUAAUGGUUAAAUGCUACCACAAGAAGUAUCGUUCUGCAACGAGGGAUGUUAUAUUCCGGCUUCAGUUUCACACAGGCUCUAUCCAAGGUUUUGGAUUUGUAUUUGGAAAGGACGACCUCGACAAUGCAAAUAAAGAUGAUAGGUUUCCUGAAUAUGGGAAGAUUGAGCUUGUAUUCUCAGCCAGUCCAGAAAAAAUACAAGGUUCUGAGCAUCUCCAAAAUGAUCAUGGUGUAACCGUGGAUUAUAACACUACUGAUCCUUUGAUCCGAUGGGAUUCCUAUGAGACUCUCACUGCUGACGGGGAAGUGUCACACACCCAAGGGCCAAUUGAUGGAAGUCUGUAUGCCAAGGUACGAAAGAAAAGCUCCUCUGAGGGGAAUAUCCCUCUUGGCGGUGCUCACGCAACUACAGGACCUGACCAAAUUGACCAUACUCUGUCAGUCAGCAGUGACUCUGGGAACUCUACAGCCUCCAUAAGAACAGACCGGACAGAGGAGCACUUGCCACCAGGUGUUAAGCGAGGCCUGAGCCUGCAAGAGAAGGCUGAGUUGGACAGGCUUUUAAGUGGAUUUGGGCUGGAGAAUUCUGUACAGUUGAAGGAUAUGACAGACACAAGAGUGAAGUACAGUGGAGUACGUCAUAUUGUACCAGUUCAGGUUCAUGUGAAUGGUGAACUGAAAGCCAAGGACAGGGAGACUGAUAUUUUAGAUGAUGAAAUGCCAAAUCAUGAUCUGCACAGUGUGGACAGCAUAGGGACUCUUUCCUCUUCAGAAGGUCAACCGUCAAACAAUCUGGGAAACUUCAGUUUUCACAAGAGCAGUCAGAACUCUUUACUAUCGGAUGGUUUUGGAAGCAACACUGGAGACGAUCUGCACAAUGCUGUUGUGCCUGACCUUGGAAUAGGCACAGAAACAGUGUAUGACAGAACAUUUAUUGGAGUUACUGAGGGGAAAAAUGCCUUUCAACGACCAAGAAACCCUUCAUUGUCAACACAACCACAGGGUUAUAACCAGAGCAAUUAUUCAACUCAAACCUGGGUGCGACAACAGCAAAUGGUUGCUGCCCAACAGUAUGUCUAUCCAGCAGAAAAUGACUUGAGGUUCGCAAUGGUGGGGACUGGUGAAGAUCAGAGCCGAACACAAACAACAUUCAAACUUCCCGAUACACCUGCAAGAGGUUCUAGUAGCAGAGAUGCUGUGCAGAGAGGGCUUAGUACAUUAUCAGGAGAUAGUAAGUUACAAGAUCAUAAGACCUCUGAAGCCUUGUUUGAACGUGAAAAUCAAGGUCUCAAACCUUCUGAAGUUAAUCAGACUGCUGAAGGAGCAGAAUUGGGAUCAAAAAAGCAAGAUUUGUCUACUUCACCAACUUUGGAUAUUGAUCAGUCAAUUGAACAGCUCAAUAAACUGAUAAUGGAUCUGGAUCCUACGUUUGUCCCAAUUCCUACUCGUGUCAAUUCUACAAAUAAAGGUGCUGUUCUCAGCAAGGACAUCAUCCGACCAGGAGAGGCCCAAGAACAAACCGAAAGGGUUUCUAGAAGUGGCUGCCAACAAGGUGGGCAGGCAGAUGAAAGCCACUUAACAUUUGGAAGGACAAGGAAGUGGGGUAUUGGACAGUAUGAUCAAGGUGAUGGUCGCCUGCUGUAUGAUCAAAGUGGAUGGAUGAAAUCCUCUGGCCCUAAUCACUCUGAGCCUGCUGGAGUAUUCACUACAACUGGCCAGACAGGGGAGGUAGGUAACAAAUCUCGAAGUUACAUGGAAGGCAUCAACCAUACAGUGGUGGGAUCAGACGGCACUGUGGUGACAAACCCUAUUCUGUACAGCAGUGAUGGCCCAAUGACUAAUUCAUCUUUCCAGCGAUCUUAUGGUGCAGCGUGCUCAGUCUCUACCAGCAGUCAAGUCUCCAGGACAAACAGCCCACCUGCCUGGUUGGACAGUGCCCAGAAAGGAGUGCCACCAGUAAGUGGGGUCAGCAGAUCAACAGGAAGCUGUCUUGGUUCCUCAGAGCUUGGUGUUAACUCCAGAAAACCACCAAAAGAGGCCUCUAUCCUGUCGCAGUUUCCUUCUUCAGGAACGCAAGUUAUCUCUCCCAUCAACCACACUGUUCACAUGAGUAGUUCUGAGCGGCAAACUUCAAACCUACAACAGAACAGUGCUGGAGGAAGCCCUGCAAAGCAUCCUUUGCCUGCAGAUUCCAGUAACCAGGGUUACUUGCACUACAAUGUCGACAGUGGACCUCAGUAUGAUGGAGAACAAGCCAUGCUAUCCAGUCUUUCUACAGGAUCAAACAACCCUGCUUCAAACAUGAAUUCCCCAGCGACUGGUUUCUUGGGUAAUAGUAGUCUGCAAGAGGGAGUGCUUACAGCAGUUAGUGGCCAAGCACAAAGCAGUGCGACACUGAUGAAUGAUGUUUUGAGUCUGAAUGUGCAUCCUCCAUUACCAGAGAAGAAACGGAUUUCUGAGGGAGAUCAUUCGUUUACCUCCAUCUCACCAGCUUCAAGUGGUUUUUCCAGUCCCCACAGUGGAAGUACUAUUAGCAUUCCAUUCCCCAGUGUCCUUCCUGACUUUUCUAAAGUCGUAAAUACUUCUGUUUCACAAGUUACAGAAACUGCUUUCUCAUCCGACAAACAUGUCACUGUCAAAUUUGUGCAAGACACGUCCAAAUUUUGGUAUAAACCGGAAAUAUCACGUGAACAAGCCAUUGCAAUACUAAAGGACAAAGAGCCUGGGUCAUUCAUUGUACGGGACAGCCACUCGUUCCGAGGUGCCUAUGGAUUGGCAAUGAAAGUUGCUACACCUCCUGCUUCAGUGCUACAGCAAAACAAGAAAGCUUUGGGAGACUUAUCAAAUGAGCUGGUCAGACAUUUCCUGAUUGAAUGUACCCAGAAAGGAGUACGAUUAAAGGGUUGCCCCAAUGAGCCAUACUUUGGGAGUCUGACUGCCUUGGUUUAUCAACAUUCCAUCACACCACUGGCAUUGCCUUGCAAGUUACUCAUCCCUGACAGAGAUCCUUUAGAAGAUGGAAUAGCUGCUUCCACACAGGCUGCCACAAACUCUGCUGCAGAAUUGUUGAAGCAAGGAGCAGCCUGUAAUGUGUGGUAUUUAAAUUCUGUGGAUAUGGAGUCUCUGACAGGCCGUUAUGCAAUCGAAAAAGCAACAUCAGAAACAUUGGGGCAGACACCUUCUCUAGCCUCCACUGUUGUACAUUUUAAAGUAUCUGCCCAAGGCAUUACUCUGACUGACAAUCAAAGAAAAUUAUUCUUCAGAAGACAUUAUGCUGUCAACACAGUGAUUUUCUGUGCCUUGGACCCAGAAGAAAGAACAUGGACAAAAGAUAGCAUCUCGGCAAAAAUCUUUGGAUUUGUGGCAAGGAAACAAGGAAGUGCCACUGAUAAUGUGUGUCAUCUGUUUGCCGAGCACGACCCUGAGCAGCCUGCCGGUGCUAUUGUGAACUUUGUAUCAAAGGUCAUGAUUGGAUCACAAAAGAAGUAAAUUGAUUCUGAUGCUGCCAAGCUCCACAUUUGGGAGGAUAUCCCUAUUUUUAAACAAAAUUCAAAGAUCAGAAAACUGCAGGAUGACAAUAAUUUGGAACAACAAUAGGUCAUGUUUGGAAGGCUUGUAUACGUUGAAUGCUGGUAAGAGCAGGUUUGAUUUAUUUUAGAGAGGAGCAGGGAUGUGAGUUUUAGAGAAUAACUGGUCUUAGAACAGACUGUCAGAACUAAGACUAUCAGACUGUCUGGCUUCUGUGAUUAUUCAUUAUCAUUUGGUUGUAUUUGUUGAGGUGAAGGGUCAAUGCUUAGUUUUAUUUUUUUACUGUCUUGAGCAGGAGGAAAUAAAGCAGUUUUAGAAAUAGACCAAUCAGGAAAAAUAAACACUAGUAAUUUAUAUUUAUUUGACUCAUUAUCCUGAAUAGAUGGCAGCUAAUCUGAUGAUUGUAUAAUACAAAUACAUUUCAGUAAAUGUGCUCAAUCACAGUUUGGCUGUCAAUUUUGUAUUACUUGGUAUUCUUGGAGGUGCAUGCCAUUCUAUAUUGUGUGCAACACCUUGUGUAUCAUUCCCAAAUCACUGGCAGUUUAGUACAAGUAGGAUAGAUAUUCAGGUUUAUGUAGAAUUAUUUUGUAUCACUGCAAUUUUUUUACAAGUGAUUAAAUCUACACAACGAUAUACAGUUGGGUAUGAAAUUCUUGCCAAAGACAUACCAUUUAACCAGCACUUUGAGCUACCACAUAAACGUAAAUUCCUUCUACUCAAUCUCUGUAUCCUACCCAGUUGCUUCCAGUGUUAACUAAUUGUGAAAAUGCCAAACUUUAAGUAUGAGUUUUCACUUUGACCAAUAAUUUGUAUUAUCAAAAGUUAUCAUUUUAUCCAUGUCUGCUUUGGCUAGUCUGUAUUUUGUAGUAUUCUUCUAAGCAUUCUGUAAAAAAAAAACUUGUACUCAUUAUGUAAAUGAAUUAUGUUCUAUAAUUCUUUGUAUAGUCCUUUUCCAUUCUUUGAAACACAAUCUAUUAAAAUUAUACUAAGUACAA